AUGGCGCGCUGGAUCUCCAAUGCAGGCCCGGCUGGUGUGCCGCUGACCCUUGCGACAAUUCGCGAGCAUGUUGCGAACUUGGCACGCAACAUUUAUCUGCCGCCGACCUUCCGGUGCUCCAUCGGAUGGGUCCGCCGUGCCUUGCGCCGCCAGGGUGUCAGGUGCAUCGCGUCGUGUGGCGAGGCGGCCGACCAGGACCUCGUCGCCGUCCGUACGACUCAGGAGAAGCUACCGCAGCUCCUCAUGCACCUCUCCGUGAGGCCGCGCGACACCUACAACUUCGAUGAAACCGCCGUCUACGUUUCGGUGCUUCCUCGCAAGACUUAUGGCUCCGGCCGAGUGGCAGGAAGGAAGGAGGUGAAAGACCGCUCUCACUCCUUCCGCCCAUUGGUGAUCUCCAAGGCGAAGCGCCCUCACGACUUCCGCCCUGAUUUCGAUCCGGAGGAGUUUUGCUACUGGCGCAAGAGCGCCAAAGGCUGGAUGACCAAAGCGCUUUUCACCCUCUUCAUCGAGCAGCUGAACGCUGCCAUGUAUGCCGAGGGUCGGCAUAUUGUGAAUACCGAUGGCGCAACCUCGCGCGUGGCUCGCUUCAAGCCCAACCUCCGCGACGUCGUGGCCUGGCUGAACGACGCGUGGAUGAACAUCGCGUUGCGCACCAUCCAGCGUUGUUGGUGGCGCACCGGCUGCCUCCCGCGUGCGUGGGCCAUGGACCUUCCUCAUGUGGGCGACGACGCAGUCGACGCCGGCCGAGAUGUGGACAUUGGCCUUGACGAGGAGAUCGGGGAUGUUGGCAUCCUCAUCGAUCGCCUCAGCCUCGACUCAAUCGCAAUGUCAGCUGCGGCAUUGGUUGCCAUCAACGACAACCAGCCGACAUGCGCAGAGCCGGACGAGGAUCCCCUCGCGUCCGAGCCGCCAACCGCGCCUUCUGCGGAGAUGUGGGAAGCCCCCGCCACCAUGGAAGCCGUCUACGAAGACAGCAACCCCGAGUCCCGCGAGGCACGGCGCUACGCUCGGGCGGCCUCCGAGAUGCUCAUCGGCUACGCGAAGGCAACCGCUAUCACCCCGCGGGACUUGUGCGUGCUCUUCGACAUCCGCAACCCCAUCAUCAGGGCGCGUAUGGAGCGCGCCAGUCCGCUGAUUAAUCUCAACAUGAGCCCGCCGCCUGCUAUGCCCGAGGGCGCCACGGCACCGGCCGAGACACCUCGUCGCCGUGGCCGCAUCCUGCCGGCAUGGAUGACGGAGCCCACCCCAUCGUGGGUGACUCUGGAUCAGCAGGCGGCUCAGCGCCAGGAGCUGAUUGACGGUGGUGCGCCGGCCGUCAUGGGAGGCUACAUGGCAGCCGCUGAAUGGAUGCGCCUGUGA